UCCUGGGUUAGUACAUUUAGGGCAGUGCCCCAGCCAGGGGCCUCUUUCAGCUGGGUGCCCACUCACCUCACCUGCUGCCUCUCUCUGCCUGCCUCCAGGUCUUCUCGUUGGCACCCUGGAUGUAGUGCUGGACUCCAGUGCCCGCGUGGCCCCUUACCGCAUUCUGCACCAGACCCAGGACUUGCAGGUCUACUGGACAGUGGCUUGUGGUUCUUCUCGCAAAGAGAUCACCAAACACUGGGAAUGGCUGGAAAAUAACUUGCUCCAGACACUGUCCAUCUUUGACAAUGAAGAAGAUAUCACCACCUUUAUCAAGGGCAAGAUACACGGUAUCAUUGCCGAGGAAAACAAGAACUUGCAGCCCCAGGGAGACGAGGACCCUGGGAAGUUCAAGGAGGCUGAGCUGAAGAUGCGGAAGCAGUUCGGGAUGCCUGAGGGGGAGAAACUGGUCAACUACUACUCCUGCAGCUACUGGAAGGGCCGCGUGCCCCGACAGGGCUGGCUUUACCUCACCGUCAACCACAUGUGCUUCUACUCCUUCCUGCUGGGGAAGGAAGUGAGCCUCGUGGUACAGUGGGUGGAUGUCACACGGCUGGAGAAGAAUGCCACCCUGCUUUUCCCUGAGAGCAUCCGUGUGGACACCCGGGACCAGGAACUCUUCUUCUCUAUGUUCCUCAACAUCAGUGAGACCUUCAAGCUCAUGGAGCAGCUGGCCAACCUGGCCAUGCGGCAGCUGCUGGACAGCGAGGGCUUCCUGGAGGACAAGGCCCUGCUGAGACCCAUCCGGCCACACAGGAACAUCUCCGCUCUGAAGCGAGACCUGGAUGCCCGCGCCAAGAAUGAGUGCUACCGGGCCACCUUCCGGCUGCCCAGGGACGAGCGCCUGGAUGGCCACACGGGCUGCACUCUGUGGACGCCCUUCAACAAGCUGCACAUCCCUGGCCAGAUGUUCAUCUCCAACAACUACAUCUGCUUCGCCAGCAAGGAGGAGGAUGCUUGCCACCUCAUCAUACCCCUGAGGGAGGUGACCAUUGUUGAAAAAGCUGACAGUUCCAGUGUCCUGCCCAGCCCUCUGUCCAUUAGCACCAAGAGUAAAAUGACCUUCCUGUUUGCCAACCUGAAAGACCGGGAUUUCCUGGUUCAGAGGAUCUCAGACUUCCUCCAGAAAAUGCCCUCCAAGCAGCCCGGCAGCAGCAUUGGGGAGAGGAAGGCCAGCGUUGUAGUCACAACUCCGGAGUCUCCCUCAGCUGCUCAGGAUGUUUUGGAGCAGCCUGCCAGCCCAUCCUCCACCCUCAGUGGCUGCCGGAGUAUCUGUACACAGGUGCCAACUGCAUCCCAGGGCCUGCUCAAGCUCUUCCAGAGAAACUCGUCCACGGAGGUCCUGGGGGCCAAAGGGGCCAAGGAGAAGAUGAAGGAGGAGUCGUGGAACAUUCACUUCUUCGAGUACGGGCGCGGCAUGUGCAUGUACCGCACCGCCAGGACCCGGGAGCUGGUCCUGAAGGGCAUCCCCGAGGGCCUGCGGGGGGAGCUGUGGCUCCUCUUCUCUGGGGCCUGGAACGAGAUGGUGACUCACCCCGGCUACUAUGCCGAGCUGGUGGAGAAGUCCACGGGGAAAUACAGCCUGGCCACGGAGGAGAUCGAGCGAGACCUGCACCGCUCCAUGCCAGAGCACCCCGCCUUCCAGAACGAGCUCGGGAUUGCAGCCCUCCGUCGGGUGCUGACCGCCUAUGCCUUCCGAAACCCCACUAUUGGCUACUGCCAGGCCAUGAACAUUGUGACGUCCGUGCUCCUGCUCUAUGGCAGUGAGGAGGAGGCCUUCUGGCUGCUGGUGGCCCUUUGCGAGCGGAUGCUGCCCGACUACUACAACACCAGGGUGGUGGGUGCCUUGGUGGACCAAGGCAUCUUCGAGGAGCUUACAAGAGACUUCCUGCCACAGCUGUCGGAGAAGAUGCAAGACCUGGGGGUGAUCUCCAGCAUCUCGCUGUCUUGGUUCCUGACCCUCUUCCUCAGCGUCAUGCCCUUCGAGAGCGCCGUGAUUAUUGUCGACUGCUUCUUCUAUGAGGGCAUCAAGGUGGUCCUGCAAGUGGCCUUGGCCAUCCUGGAUGCCAACAUGGAGCAGCUUCUGGUCUGCAGUGAUGAGGGCGAGGCCAUGACUGUCCUGGGCAGAUACCUGGAUAAUGUAGUUAACAAGCAGAGUGUUUCUCCUCCUAUCCCACACCUCCAUGCCUUGCUGACCAGUGGUGACGACCCUCCUGUAGAGGUGGACAUCUUUGAGCUCCUAAAAGUGUCGUAUGAGAAAUUCAGCAGCCUGCGGGCCAACGACAUUGAACAGAUGCGGUUUAAACAGAGGCUGAAAGUGAUCCAGUCCUUGGAGGACACGGCCAAGCGGAGCGUGGUCCGAGCUAUACCUGGAGACAUUGGCUUCUCAAUUGAAGAGCUGGAGGACCUGUACAUGGUGUUUAAGGCCAAGCACCUGGCGAGUCAGUACUGGGGGGGCAGCUGCACCGCCGCCAUCCGUAGGGACCCCAGCUUGCCCUACCUGGAGCAGUACCGGAUCGACGCCAGCCAGUUCCAGGAGCUCUUCAUCAGCCUGACACCCUGGGCCUGUGGCUCGCACACACCCGUGCUGGCAGGGCGCAUGUUCCGGCUCCUGGACAAGAACAAGGACUUGCUCAUCAACUUCAAGGAGUUCGUGACAGGCAUGAGUGGGAUGUACCAUGGGGACCUGACAGAGAAGCUGAAAGUGCUGUACAAGCUGCACCUUCCCCCAGCUUUGAGCCCAGAGGAGGCCGAGUCAGCCCUGGAGGCUGCCCGCUAUUUCACAGAGGACAGCUCCUCAGAAGCCUCUCCUCUGGCCUCAGAUCCGGAUCUUUUCCUGCCCUGGGAGGCGCAAGAAGCACUCCCACAAGAAGAGCAAGAGGGAGCUGACAAUGAGGAUGUCCGAGAAAAAAGAGGAGAGGAGAAGGGGACCAGCCCUCAGGACUAUCGACACUACCUCCGAAUGUGGGCCCAGGAGAAGGAGGCUCAGAAGGAGACUAUCAAGGAUCUUCCCAAGAUGAACCAGGAACAGUUUAUUGAGCUGUGCAAAACACUUUACAACAUGUUCAGCGAAGACCCCAUGGAGCAGGACUUGUACCAUGCCAUCGCCACCGUGGCCAGCCUUCUUCUCCGCAUUGGUGAGGUCGGUAAGAAGUUUUCAGUCCGGGCAGGCAGGAAGUCCAGGGACAUUGCCUGCAGUGGAGACCAUGACAGAGCCACUGCAGCCACUGUGGAGGUGGAAUCCCCAGUGCCAGAGCUCCAUCAGGACACAGCCUGGGAACCUCAGCUGUCAGCUGCAGGGGACCUCCAGGCCAAAGCCAGUGGAGACACCCACCUUGGGAAGGCACCACAGGAGAGCCAGGUGGUGGGCGAAGGGGGCAGCGGUGAGGGGCAAGGCUCACCCUCCCAGCUUCUGUCCGAUGAUGAAACCAAAGACGACAUGUCCAUGUCCUCCUAUUCGGUGGUCAGCACAGGCUCGCUGCAGUGUGAAGACCUCACGGAUGACACGGUGCUGGUGGGCGGGGAGGUCAGCAGCCACGUCGCCGCUGCCCACUGCGAGGGCACUGUUGAUGCUGACUGGUGCAUUUCCUUUGAGCAGAUCCUGGCCUCCAUCCUGACAGAGUCUGUGCUGGUGAACUUCUUUGAGAAGAGGGUGGACAUUGGGCUCAAGAUCAAGGACCAAAAGAAGGUGGAAAGGCAGUUUAGCACGUCCAGUGACCAUGAGCAGUCUGGGGUUUCCGGCUGAGCUCUGUGUCAGAAUGGCUCGGAUAAGGCUGUGGAAGUGGGGACUGGCCUCUCGUUUCCUACUUCCCUCCUUCUCCUCCCCGCUUUCUGUUCUUUACUUAAAGAUGCACCCCUUACAGGCCUCCCCAAGAGAGGCAAGAGUUGUAAAUGGAAAGAAGGCUGGUACAGGCCCAGUUGCCUUAGAUGGAUUCUCCAGGCCUGGGUCUCCUGGGCUCCUGGAGGCAGGCAGCUGUCUCUGAGGCACAGAAGAGGUCCUCCCUACCCCAGCUUCCUCUCUGUGCAGCAGGAACCCACCUGAGCCUGGGCCACACCCUGUGUAGUCUCAGAGGUUCUCAGAUCUGCCUCCACUUGCCUAAUGCCCUCUGCACCCUGCACCCUCCACAACUGAGCGUGGGUGCACUGUGGCCAGACCACGCUGGUCUUCUCUGUUCAUAGGACACGCCCGCAGCUGUGUGAUCCAGGGUCCUUGGCUGCCAUUUGGCACCAGGUAGGGGGGUCAUGUGCUUGUUGGGCACCCAAUGAGGCAAAACCCUCAAGGUGCUCUCAAGGAUCCCCUGAGCUUGAGUCCCUGUCAGGGCCAAGAGAGGACUGAGGGACAUGAGGCAGAAAUGGGAGCAGUGUGGGUGCAUCAUUCAGGUGUUACUUUAAAUGCUGUUUCAGCUCAUCCUCACCAUUAAUUUCAAAAGCACAUCCCUCCGAUCCGGAGAGAUUUCCUUGUAUUCAUUUCACGUGGCUAAAAAUAACACUGUGCUCAAUGCCUUAAUAAACCCCUGAAAGAAAGAAACACCACACUGUGUACAGUGCCUAAAUAAAUCCCCUCUGCACUGCGUAGGCCUCGCCUCUCCCUGGGCAAUUCAGGAGGCUCAGCGAAAGUUACUCCCCUGCCCCAGAGGAUAGGGGACUGGAAGGGGCUGACCUGUGUGAUGGGAACCACCCAAGUGAUCCCUCCACAGGGCUAAGUGCAGGGAGAGGCUGGUCCACCUGGGCUGCAGAAGCCAUCUCUGGGGUCACAGGUGACCAGUGGGGGCCUCCCAGUCUGCAUCAGGGGGCAGAGCCGGGAGGGCCCCUCACCUGCAACAGGACACGGGGCCACUCUUGUCUCUGCUAAAAGAAGUAUCUCUGUGGCCAUUUGUUUUUAAUUCAUCAGCUUUAUUGAGGAUAAUUUAUAUACCAUAAAAUCCACUUGUUUUUAAUGUAGAAUUCAGUGAUUUUUGGUAAAUUUACAGAGAUGUGCAGCCAUCACUACAAUCCAAUUUUAGAACAUUUCUGUCAUCCCAAGGAGCCCUGGUGGCUCAUGGGUUAAAGAGCUCGGCUGCUAACUAAAAACGUCAGCAUUUCAAACCCACCAGCUGCUCCACAGAAG